CUUAUUAGUAACUGGGCCGUAAGUUUUACUUAUUAGUUGUUUACAAGUUUACCGCAACAGUGCUCGCAGUGGUUAUAAAAUAUUGUGAAAAAUUGUGUCACAAUGAGUUACUUGUGGAAGAAACUGAGUGGCAUUGAGGUUAGAAUGUGUGGUGACGCGAGCGAGGGGGUGGAGAAGAUGGAAACUGUGCAUAAAUCGUUUAACGAUCAGAUUGGCAAGCAACCUUACUCCAGCGGCGCAAUGUCCCUGAUAAUGAAGCACAAGAAGAAGCAGAAGAGGUUCCGGAGCGCGUUCACGACGACGCAGAUAGCACUGCUGGAGCAGGAGUUCAAGAAGGACCCCUACGUGACCACGGCGCGGCGCGAGCACGUGGCCCGGGCCCUCGACCUGCCCGAGCGCGCCGUCAAGAUCUGGUUCCAGAACCGACGGAUGAAAGAGAAAAGAGACACGACCAAAGGCGACGCGGACGAACCAGAAGAUACGAAAGAUAAAACACCCAUUAACGAUAUAAAGAAACUAAGAGCUAAUAAACAAACUAACCAUGCAUCAUUAGCAGACAAAAUAGUCUUUAGCGAUGAUGAAACAAUAAGAACUGACAAACAUAAUCAGUGUACUGACAGUUAUAAUGAAAUGAAAAGCAAUCAAAGAGAAAGCCCAUUGAGAUUGGUGAAAAGUGAGAAAGAAUUAAUAAUAACUAAAAUACUACCUUCAGCUUCUUCGGUUGGUCGGCCGGAUAUCAAGAUAGAAUUUAGUCACAAAGCUCAUGAAUCCACUAAAAAUAUUGAAAAAAGUUCCACUCAGCAUAAGCAACCAGUCGGACACAUAUUGCCAUUCUGUCAAGUUUCUGAAUCGCAAAAAUCUCCUCAAAAUCUAAGCAAGGGUCAUGAUCAGAGAUUUCAAGAAAAUCUUCAACAGACGAACGUGUCUACCGAUCUCCUCUCAUCUUACCAGCCAGCAGCUCCAACCAACAUUGGAGUGGACCUCACCAAGUAUUACCCUACUGUGCCUCCGGUUCAACAUGUACCCUGGAACAGAAUAAAUAUGGUUCCAAUUGUGCCAACGGGUUCUACAGGAAUGCCCAUGUUUCCAAGCCCUCAAGGGGCAUUGGGUGUUCCGAAUGUUGCGCCAACAAAGAAGUGUUCGUGUGACUGUCAUGUGACGCCCAGCUUCGACCCAGCCUUCAGAUACCAACAGCCAAUGUUCUACACGCAAUAUGUUCCACAGUUCAUCACACAUACUCAGCUGCCAACACAAACUCCUACUUCUAAGUUUUGACAUACUAUUACUUUAUCUUCUAUAUUUUUUGUAUUUAAUAUAAGUGUACUUUGGUAUGUUGUUAUUAUUUAACGUU